UACGAGUAUGUGGAUUUUUUUUUCUUUUAGUGGGAAAAAACUCUAUUUUACUGAGAAUAAGGUAAUAUUUUAUGAUGAUAUAUUUGAUAGUAUGGAUUAUUUUUCACGAACUAGUCAAUAUAUACAUAUUUAUUUGUUGUUGUUUUUUUACACAGAUUGUUUUUUUUUUCUUUCCUCGCUUUUGUUUAUUUGCUCAGCCACUUCACCAAUGGUUUGGAUUUCUCCACAGACAUUACAGAGAGCACUGCUUUAAAACAGAAAGUGUAUGUGGGCAGACGGCCAAGAAAAGCUAUAGAAAAACAGUUUUUGCAAAACAGUUUGUGCUCAUUUUCAGGAAUAAGCACAAGCUGCUUUUCCAUCUGCUAUCAGAGACAUUUUUCAUUUGUCAGUAAUUUCCCAGCCUUGUCCUUGCACAUCCUCCCCUAUUUUCAAACUUCCUCUCUUUCUUUUUCUCUCUUUUCUCACUGCCUCGCCGCUAUUGGUCGACAGUGCUGAUGUCAUCACAGAGGCAGGGGGAGGCAGGGAAUAUAAAACCUCUGCUCUGACUGUGCAAACGCAGACAAUCUUGCUCCUGACUGAGCUCUACCAAACGGAUACUAAAGCACCACCUGGCCCAGUACACCACCCGUGCCAGCUCCGACCUGCUGCUAUGUGUAAAGGACUUGCAUCGUUGCCUACCUGCUGCCUGGAAAGAGCCAAGGAGAUGAAAGCAAGACUGGGUAACAUUCUGCAGAAGCCCAGUUGGACUCUGUCAUGUCUGAAAAUUGGAAAAAACAAGCCAACCCUGGAAGAAUGCCUUUGCUGGAAAGAGUCUUUUGAGAAGCUCCUCUCUAGCAAAUACGGACUGUGUGCCUUCACAGCCUUCCUGGUGUCUGAGUUCAGUGAGGAGAACAUUGCAUUUUACUUCGCCUGUGAGGAUUACAGACAAACCAAGUGUCCUACCAAACUUCGUGCAAAAGCCCAAAAGAUCUUCAAUGAAUUUUUUGGAAGUGAAGCUCCCAGAGAGAUAAAUAUUGACCACGAAACCCGUGACAUCACCAAAGCCAACAUGCAGACCCCCACACCGUCUUGUUUUGACCUGGCUCAGCACAGGAUCUACAUGCUGAUGGCUAAAGACUGCUACCCACGCUUCCUCCGCUCCCCGGCCUACAGAGAUCUAGUGUGCCAAGCCAAGCCGAGCGCAAAAUCUCCGAAACACUCCCAGCCAGAUAAGAAGGUGUGAGAACUUCUCCAUCGGUCUGAAGAGGACCUUUAGCCACCAGAAGAUUGCAGAACUUGCUGCGUGCUGGUUUCCCAACCAGAGCAGACAGAAAGCAAGCAUGUCAAAGGGCAUCCGUGGGAUUGAUCAAAAACCUAAAAAGUGCCUCUGAGGAGAGACACAGACAAGGUGGAGGAACACUGAGAGCUGCUUGUGUGAAGUGGACUGAUGUGCCAGUAGAGACGAUGGAGGGGCAAAGCCCAAGAGGGUCGACCUGACAGACCCAACGUCUGUUUAAAAGCAAGGGAGUGGAAGCAGGAAAAGAAGAAAAAAAGCACCUUUUUUAGCAAAGUUUUUUUUCAAAACUGUCUUGUGCAAUGUCCUAUUUUUGAAGUGCACUGGUUUUUAACAGUCAAGUGAAACUAUUUGUAUUUAUUUCUAUUUAUUCAUCUGUAGUAUGAUUUACAUUUUUACCAGAAAAUGUGUUGAUAAAUUGUGUCUUUUCACAAAGAAAUACACUGAGAAAAUAAAGUGUGGAAACUGGAAA